UGCCGGAUGACGUAAUUUGCCUCAAACGGUCAUUCGACCCAGGAAGUCGGAAGCUUAUUGAUGGUAAAAUUAUGUCAUUUAAGCCCAUUAAAUUCAGAAAUUAAUUAAUAAUACUUGUUUUAUGGUCGACCGGAGGAAAGUGACAGUAUGAAACUUCGUAACGUAAGUUUGUCGGUUGCCGCUAAGUGCUGAAUUUGUACGAAAGAGAUAUGGAUAGGCUAAACGAAGACUCAUACACGAACAACCUCAUUGGAACUCUACUUGCUAUUUUUGGAAACGUGCUUGUAAGCAUUUCCUUGAAUAUUCAGAAAUAUGGCCAUGUCAUCAUUGUGGGCGCAAAGGACCCGCACAUGUUUUUCCGCACUAAAACCUGGUGGUUUGGUUUUUUUCUCACCUCUCUGGGUGAAACGGCCAACUUUGUCUCGUACGCCUUCGCCCCCCUCAGUCUCAUCGCGCCGCUCAAUGCUGUCUCCAUCCUCACAAGCUUCAUUUUGAGUUUUAUUUUCAUGCCGGAGAAAUACAGACCAAAGGACUUUGCAAAGCGUUAUGGGCUCUCCUUCUUGGGUGCUGUCCUCGCCAUCGGAGGGGCGUACCUCUUUGUAGCGUUUGGACCCAACUGGCAUGAAAAGCUUACAGCAGAAAUUGUUGUGCGACAUCUUGUCGGUUGGCCUGUUCUCUUGUAUCUGGUCCUGGAGAUCAUCUCGUUCUGCCUGCUUUUAUAUUUUUACAAACAAAGAGAAGCAAACUACCUUGUCGUCAUCAUGCUGCUGGUGUCUUUGCUUGGUUCAGUCACAGUCAUUACAGUGAAGGCCGUGUCUCACAUGUUGAUUCUGACCUUGGAGGGCUCCAUGCAGCUUGACUACCCCAUCUUCAGCGUCAUGUUUGUGUGCAUGGUGUCUACAGUCACCUUCCAAGCCAGGUUUCUCUCUCAAGCUUGCAAGUUGUACGACACGUGCCUCAUCGCCAGCGUUAACUACAUCCUUUCCACUGUUUUUGCUGUACUAGCAGGGGCUGUGUUUUAUUUGGAGUUUUCGAAUGAGGACGUCCUUCACGUCUGCAUGUUCUUGUUAGGGACCGCCGCAUGCUUCUUGGGGGUCUUCCUCGUCACUAAAAACAAGAAAAGGAGUAAGACCUUUGAGCCUUACGUCACCAUGAAUAUGAGUAACGGUGUUCCGACCAUUCAUAGCACGAGUCCAGCUGUCCCGCCUGACUUCAGCGGCACUUUUUCUUACGGCGCGCUAGUCAGCAACGACCGAGCAACUUCUGCUCAUCAGCCUGUUAGCGGGAAACAAGCCACCUCCAGCGUUGGAACCACAAGAGUGUCUAACGGGAAGGAAGAUUAGCGCCAAGAUUUAAUAUCUACACUGGAACCUCAAAGGUUGUGUGUGUUUUGAAACAGAUUAUCCCAUAGUAAAUAGAAAUAAUCUGUUCCGGGGUCAAAAUAUUUCUUUCUUCUUCAUAGGACAAGCAUGACAAUAUGUCUUAGUGGUGUCAGGUACAAUCACGCUCAGGACAACUAAAAGGAAAAUUCCAGAUUUAAAUGUGGUUGAAGUUGUUUCAGAAACAGUACUUGAUACUCAAAUGUCUUAAAGAUACUCUGCAAUAUAAGGACUGUACUGUUAGGCGUGUACUCUUAUGCCUCACUUUUAAGCGUUUUGCCAAAGAUUAUUUUUGUUGGUGUUCAAGUUAAUAAUCAGCCUUUAAAAACAUCUCCAGAGAGCAGUGUUUACUCUUGCUUUGCCUCGCUUUUUAGAGGGUUUGUAUUACUACCUUUUUUGAAUGGGUCCAAAUGCUGUAAUUUAUUGUAUUUAUUGAUUUUGAAGUUUGCAUUUUGUGUGCCUUGAAUAUUAUCACAACACUGGAUAAAAGAAGACACGGGUGCACUAUUAAAGUUGUAGGAUUAAAAUGACUCAUCGCAUAAAACAACAGUUGAAGAUAUUUGGUCAAAAAUCCACUUUAGAAAAGUGCUGUUUGAUGCUGUGUUUGACUAUGUAACGUGUGUCUCUAAUGAAAACCUUCACCAAAGUAAUAAACUAAAUAUG